AAGUACCUAAUAAAUGUAACAUACUUGAAUCUUUUGGCCCAGGUCUUGCCUCUCGACAGCCUCUGCAACCUCUCCAGGACCCGAACUUUCUCCAGUCGGCCUCUACAGACCAAGCUCAUGACUCACAAUGGUCUAUUUAGGCCCAUACCCUACCUCACGGCAGUCUCCGCCGAUGAGGCUACUGCCUCACAACAGCCUCCACAGGCCCAGCUCCAUCGUUACAACGGCCUCUGUAGACCCAGCUCCUGCCUCCCAGUCUUCUCUCCAGGCCCAGAACUUUCUCAAGUCGACCUCACCAGACCCAGCUCCUGCCUCUCAUUGCCCUCCCAAGGGCCAGCUUUUGCCUCAUGGCCACCUUCCAAGACCCAGCGCCUGUCAGCCUCUCCAGGCCCAGCUCCUCCUGCCUGCCACUGGCCUCUUGAGGCCCAGCCCCGCUCACGCCUCUGGGCGGCCUCCUCAGGCCCACGCUGGCCUCGAGUCGGCCUCUCCAGGGCUCGCUCCUGCUCCCGGUGGGCCCUGCGGGCCCAACUCGUCGCCCAGUCAGCCUCCACCGACCCAGCUCCUACCUCUCUGCGGCCUCUCCAGCUGCCAGACUUCCGCAGCUGCGCCGGGCCCCGUUCCUGCCUCCCAGUGGCCUCACUAGGCCCCGCUCAUUCGUCACGGGGAACGCCGUUUCCUGGCCCAGCCUUUGCCUUUUGGCAGCCUCUCCAGGCCACGAACUUCCUCAUGCCAGCCUCUCCAGGCCCAGUUGCGGCCUCCCGGCCUCCCGUCCGUGCCCAGAUCCUCCUGUUCCCGGCUGCGGCCGCGGGCCCAACCUCGGCCUCACGACAACCUCUUUGGAGUGGGAUCAGCUGCGCCGGGCCAGUCUCCUGCCUCCUGAAGGCCUGCACCGGCCCAGCCUCUGCCUGCCAGAGGACCCUCCACGCCCAGCUCUCCCCUGACUGCGGCCCCGCCAGGACAGAGCUCCUUGUGCCUUUCGGCAGCUCGACCGGGCCCCGCUGCUGCCUCCCAGUGGCCUCGUUAGGCCCGGCUCAUUCGUCACAGGGAACAGCCUUUCCAGGCACAGCCUGUGCCUUUUGGCGGCCUCUCCAGGCCCCGAACUACCUCAGUCCGGCCCCUCCAGGCCCAGGCCGGUCCCCACGGUGGCCUCUUCGGGCCCGGCUCCUGCCCUCCGACGGCGUCUCCACGCCCCAUUCUUCUUCCAGCCAGCCUCUCCAGGCACAGCUCCUCGUCCCGGCGGACUCUGCAGGCCCACUCUUUCCUCGAGUCGGCCUCUCCAGGGCUCGCUCCUGCUCCCGGCGUCCCCUACGGGCCCAACUCGUCGCCCAGUCGGCCUCCUCCGGCCCAGCUCCUGCCUCUCCGCGGCCUCUCCAGCUGCCAGACUUCCUCAGGCCCAGCUCCUCCUGCUCCCGGCUGCGUCCGCGGGCCCAGCCCCGGCCUCACGACAACGUCUUUGGACUCGGCUCCGGCCCAGCUAACGCUCCGUGGCCUUUGCCAGCCUCUCCAGGCCCAGUUGCGGCCUCCCGGCCUCCUGUCCGGGCCCAGAUCCUCCUGUUCCCGGCUGCGGCCGCGGGCCCAUUCCCGGCCUCACGACAACCUCUUUGGAUUCGGAUCCGGCGCAGUUCCCGCUCCGCGGCCUUUUUAGGCCCCAAACGUCCUGAAGGCGGUCCCCACGGUGGCCUCUUCGAGCCCGGCUCCUGCCCUCUGAUGGCGUCUCCACACCCCAUUCUUCCUCCACCCAGUGUCUGCAGGCACAGCUUCUCCUGCCGGCGGUCUCUGCAGGCCCACUCUAUCCUCGAGUGGGCCUCUCCAGGGCUCGCUCCUGCUCCCGGCGGCCCCUGCGUGCCCAACUCGUCGCCCAGUCGGCCUCAGCCGGCCCAGCUCCUGCCUCUCGGUGGCCCCUGCGUGCCCAACUCGUCGCCCAGUCGGCCUCCGCCGGCCCAGCUCCUGCCUCUCCGCGGCCUCCCCAGCUGCCAGACUUCCUCAGUCUUUGCCUUUUGGCGGCCUUUCCAGGCCGCGAAUUUCCUCAUGCCAGCCUCUCCAGGCCCAAUAGCGGCCUCCCGGCCUCCCGUCCGGGCCGAGAUCCUCCUGCUCCCGGCUGUGGCUGUGGGCCCAGCCCCGGCCUCACGACAACCUCUUUGGAGUCGGAUCCGGCGCAGCUCCCGCUCCGCGGCCUUUGUAGGCUCCAAACGUCCUGAAGCUGGGCCCCACGGUGGCCUCUCCGGGCCCGGCUCCUGCCCUCUGAUGGUGUCUCCACGCCCCAGACUUCCCCCAGCCAGCCUCUCCAGGCCCAGCUCCUCCUCCCGGCGGCCUCUGCAGGCCCACGCUGGCCUCGAGUCUCGGCCUCUCCAGGGCUCGCUCCUGCUCCCGGCGGCCCCUGCGGGCUCAACUCGUCGCCCAGUCGGCCUCCGCCGGCGCAGCUCCUGCCUCUCCGCGGCCUCUCCAGCUGCCAGUCUUCCUCAGGCCCCCGUCAUUCGUCACGGGGAGCGGCCUUUAGGGGGCAAGCCUUUGCCUUUUGGCGGCCUCUCCCUGCCCCGAACUUCCUCAGGCCGGUCUGUCCAGGCCCAGGCCAGAGCUCCUCCUUCCUUUCGGCAGCUGCGCCGGCCCCCGCUCCUGCCUUCCAGUGGCCUCACUCGGCCCCGCUCAUUCGUCAUGGUCACCUCUUCUGGAUCCAUCUUUUUAAUCUUUGGUGUUCAAGAGUAUGAAGGAGCCUAA